AUGGCCUCGCAAUUCUGCGCAGUCUCUGACUUUAAUCGUCUGCUCAGGCAGAAAGUGAACGAGCUCAAGCAGAUGUAUGCCAGCAAGGCGAGCUCGCUCAACCUGAUCCGUCUCAACGAGUCGUUCAGCGCAUACGAUGCAGAGAUUGCCAACACCGCUCACGAUGCCUACGUCAAGGCGCAGAAGACGACGGAUGCGAUCCUGUACACGAGCGUCAAACCGGGCGACAAGACGAUCGGUGGCGGGGGUGCCUAUCGCGUCGUUCGUCCCGACCGUUCCUAUGAGCACUGUCAGGUCAUCGCUACCAUCCCGUCCUCGGACACGACCAGUCUCCUCAUUGCCGAACUCAUGCUCGUCGACAUCGCCCUCGCCAUCAUGCUAGGCGGCGAACUCGAUCAACCCAAGGGCACCUUUCACUUCUUCAGCAAGAGCAAGACCAUCAUCUCCAUCCUCAGUCAGAUCGCAGAAGAGGUCAACAAGCCUGGCUGUCUCGUCUUCUCGCCCCAGUGGAAUCCUGAUAGCGCAGAGGCUGAUCUCAAGUAG